AUGGAUCGAGAAAACCAAACCGUGGUGACAGAGUUCAUUCUCCUGGGAUUCCCGGGCUCUCCCUCCCUCAGGCUCACACUCUUUUUCACCUUCCUCACUGUGUACCUGCUUUCCCUCAUUGGAAACGCCCUCAUCAUCUUCCUUGUUCUCAUGGAUUCCACACUGCAGACACCCAUGUACGUCUUCCUAGGGAACCUGUCCUUCUUAGAGAUCUGGUACACCACGGCCACCGUGCCUAAGUUGCUGGACACCUGCAUGUCCAUAGUCGUCACCAUCUCUGUUCCUGGAUGCAUUGCCCAGUUCUACUUCUUCUUCUCCAUGGGAGCCACAGAGUGCAUCCUGCUGGCCGUGAUGGCCUAUGAUCGGUACGUGGCCAUCUGCAGCCCUCUGCGCUACUCGCUUCUCAUGAAUGCUCAGAUCUGUCUCAAGUUUUCAGCUGGGUCCUGGGUUGGAGGCUUCUUUGCCCCUUUUCCGGUUACCAUACUCAUCUCUCAAUUAAACUUUUGUGGCCCCCAGAAGAUCAACCAUUUCUUCUGUGACUCAGACCCCAUUUGUAAAGUCUCCUGCUCAGACACAUUUUUUGUGGAGUCCUUGGGCUACACAUGCACCUCAGUCGUGAUUCUAAGCUCUUUCCUUCUCACUGUGUCCUCUUAUGGCAAUAUUGUGGCUACAGUAGUCAGGCUGUCUUCCCGAGAAGCUCAGAAGAAAACUUUUUCCACCUGUGCCUCCCAUCUGACUGUAGUAACCAUCUACUACGGCACCAUUAUCUUUGCGUAUGUCCACCCUCCAGCCAAGUACAACUUCACCAUUGGUAAAGUGGUCUCCGUGUUCUACUGCGUGGUCACCCCUCUUUUAAACCCUCUAAUUUAUACCCUGAGGAACAAGGAGGUGAAGAAAGCUUUCAGGAAAUUUAUAACAAAAGGGACACUUUUCUUGAAUAAAGACAUCAAAAAGUUUUGA